ACGCACCGUUGCAGUACCGCGGAUUCGCACUCUCCUCACUAUUCUACAAGCCUCCAGAUCUCAUACAGUACGGGAAUCAUGGCGUCACAGCUCGGCGUCCAGCCUUCGCUCGACACCGUUCGAGAAGUUUUGGCUGCCGCGGUCGCAUCGCCCAAUCCGCCGAACCUUGUUCCUGUUUUUUCGUCGAUUUCAGCGGAGUUCCUCACACCGUCGAGCAUAUAUCUCAAGAUCUCUGCGAAAUCGAAAUCGAAACUAUCAUUCCUCUUCGAGAGCGCGGCAACCACAGAGACAAUCGGGAGAUAUAGCUUUGUGGGUGCAGACCCGCGCAAAGUUAUAAAGACCGGCCCCGGCCAUGGCGAGGAGAAAGACCCUCUACCUAUCCUCGAGAAGGAGCUCGCAAAGAGCCGCGUUGCGACCGUCCCUUCAAUACAACUACCUCCUUUGACCGGCGGGGCUGUUGGAUACGUCGGAUAUGACUGCGUCAGAUACUUUGAGCCAAAGACGCGACGCGACGAUAUCAAGGAUAUACUAGGCGUCCCGGAGAGCCUCUUCAUGUUGUUCGACACCGUGGUGGCGUUAGACCACUUUGCCCAGGUUGUCAAGGUCAUAACGUACGUCAAGGUCCCGGAGACUCUAGACGACCUUGCCAAGGCGUACGAGGAGGCAAAGGGAACACUGAAGAGAUACAUAACCAUACUCAAGGAUAAAGAGGUGCCCUUACCGGAGCAGCCGCCGAUCAAACUAGGGCAAGAAUACGAGUCUAACAUUGGAAAAGACGGAUACGAAAGCCAUGUCAGACGGCUGAAGGAGCAUAUUAAUGUGGGCGACAUCAUCCAAGCCGUACCGUCGCAACGGUUCGCGAGACCUACAUCAUUGCAUCCGUUCAACAUCUACCGCCAUCUGCGAAACGUCAACCCAUCGCCAUACCUCUUCUAUGUCGACUGCGAUGAGUUUCAAAUCGUGGGUGCAAGCCCAGAAUUACUGGUCAAGGAGGAGCUAGGAAGAAUAAUCACGCAUCCGAUCGCGGGCACCGUCAAGAGAGGCAAGACUCUCCAAGAAGACGCGGCUCUAGCGGAUGAGCUUUCCAACUCUAUCAAGGACCGGGCCGAACAUGUCAUGCUAGUCGAUUUGGCACGUAAUGACGUAAACCGCGUCUGCGACCCGCUCACCACACGUGUCGACAAAUUGAUGGUCGUGCAAAAGUUUUCGCACGUGCAGCAUCUAGUCUCUGAGGUCUCCGGGGUGCUACGACCAGGAAAGACGCGCUUCGACGCAUUCCGGUCCAUCUUCCCCGCUGGCACGGUGAGCGGUGCGCCGAAAGUGCGCGCUAUGGAGCUUAUCGCCGAACUGGAAAAAGAGAAGCGAGGCGUCUACGCUGGCGCUGUGGGAUACUUUGGCUACGGCAGCAUUGAUGGUGACAAAGAGGUCGAGGGCGCGAUGGACACGUGCAUCACACUGAGGACGAUGCUGGUCAAAGAUGGGAUCGCUUAUCUUCAGGCCGGGGGCGGGAUUGUGUUCGACUCAGAUCCAUACGACGAGUGGGUCGAGACGAUCAAUAAACUGGGUAUGCUUUUUGGGUUAACGCGCACGGGCAGACCGCUUGUUCUGACUCGCACUGUACAGGCGCGAAUAUGCAAUGCAUCACAGCAGCUGAGCAGAAGCAUCUCGGCGAGCAGACGGACGGCGAAGGCAACGCGCAGGACGACUCUAACUCGACGGCGCAGGCGGGUGGUGCGAAGACACACAUUUCCCUUGCUGCAGGGUAGUGUCUGCGCCACAUAG